CUUGAAGAAGUGGCGACAUGAGCCUGGCAGGAGACAGGGGCCUGGCAGGAGACAGGGGCAGGAGGGACACGGGAUGGGUCCGGCUGCCCCGCCCCGCCCUCCAUCCUGCCGCCUCCUCAUUGGGGCAGAGGAAGGUUCCCAGUAGCCAAUCCCUGGCGCUGGCACCGGGCUCCACCUCUCGGUCCCUGGCCCGUGUUGCGUCUGGCGGGAAAUGGAAGCGCUCCUGUUCCCCGCUCUCAUCAGCAGCUUCGCCUAAGGGAGAAAACUUCCCUAGGCUCCCACUUUGAGAUGCAGGCAGCUUUUCAAUAUCCUGUGACAGCCUCCUUGAAGCGUCCCAUGUGCAAAGGCGGCAGAGUGCUUGUCAUGUGUUCUUGUCUCUUAGGUCCUUAGCCCCAUCAUCUGCGACGACAUCACUUUGUAACUUACUUUCCCAAGAUCCAGAUCAGCAAGUGUGAGUGGUAUUACUUUUAUUUUAUUCUCCCAGACUGUUGGACUGAAUGAAUAGGACUUCUUUUGAUGAGGGAUUUUUCUAGAAAAAAGUAUAUGUAGCACAACAUUUAUGUCCUUAAAUCUUAUUAACUUGGAAGACCGACCAAACUAGGCAGUGUUUUAACUAAUUAUGCAAAAACUACAAGCAGACACAUUCUCUGAAUAUGUAUGUGUUUGUAUGUCUCUGUGUAUAUGACAGAAAGAGACAGAGACAGAGAACUAGACGGAGGGAACAGAAACAGACCUUGAGGUACAUCCUUCAAGAAGCCUGUAUCCGCAUUCCUGAAUACAACUGAUUGCUCCAUGAAAAAAUGCAUAUGUCUAUCAAAAUGCCCUUUGAAACCACCUUUAGCCACAGAAAGUAUGAAUCUGGGUGAGACUAGAAGACAAGAGAGACUCUCAACCCAAACGGCCACUUCGAAUCAGAAGCCCUAAACCAGGAAGUUCCAGGCUGGUAUGUUUCAACGCAAUGACACCGUCUUCAUGCCCUCAGUGCUGAGGCUGACGGGCAUCCCGGGCUUGGAGCCCGUGCAGGCCUGGAUCGGCAUUCCUUUCUGCGCCAUGUACGUCCUUGCCCUGUUUGGGAACUCCCUGCUCCUGGUUGCCAUCAAGUCUGAGCGCAGCCUCCACGAGCCCAUGUGUCUCUUCCUGGCCAUGCUGGGCGCGACCGACGUGAUGCUCAGUACCUGCAUCCUGCCCAAAAUGUUGGGGAUAUUCUGGUUCCACUCGCCAGAAAUAGACUUCGAUGCUUGUCUCUUUCAGAUGUGGCUCAUCCACUCCUUCCAGUGUAUUGAGUCAGGUGUUCUGUUGGCCAUGGCCUUGGACCGCUACGUGGCAAUCUGUGACCCUCUGAGACAUGCAGCCAUUUUCACCCCCCAACUCGUCACUCGGAUUGGGGUUGCAGUGACACUCAGAGCAGCCCUCCUGGUAGCUCCGUGUCUCAUCCUCAUCAAAUGCCGCCUGAAGCACUAUCGGACCACAGUGGUCUCUCACUCUUACUGUGAGCACAUGGCCGUUGUGAAGUUGGCAGCCGAAGAUGUUCGAAUCAACAAGAUCUAUGGUCUGUUUGUGGCUUUCAUCGUACUGGGAUUUGACAUAAUCUUCAUCACCCUCUCUUACAUUCGAAUAUUUGUAACUGUCUUCAGUCUGCCUCAGAGGGAAGCUAGGCUUAAAGCCUUCAAUACCUGCGUUGCCCACAUUUGUGUCUUCCUUGAAUUUUAUCUCCUGGCUUUCUUCUCCUUCUUUACACACAGGUUUGGGUUCCAUAUUCCACCCUAUGUUCACAUUCUUCUAUCCAAUCUCUACCUGCUUGUGCCCCCGUUGCUCAAUCCUGUCGUUUAUGGUGUGAAGACGAAACAGAUUCGUGAUCGAGUGUCCAGGAUGCUCCGCUCUGUGGGUGCUUCUUGAUUUCUAAUCAUCCAAUUUUAUAUCACAUCACAAAACAUGUCUCUGGACAAUGUCUGUUCUUGGUGAGACUCUGCUUCCUCAAGUUCAUCAUAUGCUGAAAUACAGAGCUGUAAGUUUCCUUUCAAGACGGGUUGGCGCUAAUUCCUACCAAAACAGUGUCGGUUUGUGGACAGAUGAUUAAUUCAUCAAUAGGUGGAAUUGAAGACAGAAAUCAUGAAGACUUGAGUGUGGUUCAGGCAGUAAAGGUCUUUCUUGACUAUUUCAAUGAAGAAAAUUUCUUAAAAACACACCUAAGCGUAAGUGUUUGCCUCUGAGUUACAGUACGAAGUGCACUGAGUUCUUUAAAAACA